CAGUUUAUUCAUGGUAUGAUUUACCUUCUCCCGAUAUAUAUUACACUAAACCGUUAGAUGAGUGACAUAUUUUUUAUAUAUACACUUUAUGAAUUCCAAAAUUAUAUCUUAAAUUUUAAAAUUAUUUUAUGUGUAACUCAUCCAACACUCAGAUGUAAUGCCGAAAGUAGCGAUCCAAGAAGUAUAUAAGAUAUAUUCAAUCUUUAAUUCUGACUGAAUGGUCUUUUUGCAGCAUGCAAAAAAGUUUAAUUACUUUAGAAGGGCUUGAUCAUGCUUAAAUUCAAUAGAACAAAAAGUCAAAAUCUUGCACAUUAUGAUACAUAUAAAAGAAUCGCACACUCAAAUCUUCCAAGAUCUCAGCAAUAAUGACUUCUAAUUCCCUGUUGACUAGAAAAGGAAAUCAAGAAGAUGGCUUUCCUAGAAAAAUCAAAAGCCAACGAUACUAUACAGGAAAAAAAUAUUGCUAUGAAUUAGGAAGAUGCUUCUCAAACCUUGUCCCUUUCUCUCUCUAUAUAUGCUCAGGAAUUGUUAACCAACCGCCAUAUUUGUGUAUUGUUUCAAUUCAAUGGCUGCAUGUCAAGGAAAUUCGCCACAAGAAACCAAGAAAAGGGGAAGGGCGGUCCUGGAUGGCGACAAAGAGGCUCGGAAACAGAAUUUCAUCAGGAAAAUCCUUGACGAUGACAAGGCAACAAAGACAGCAAGCUUCUACAAGCGAAAGCCUACUCUAAAAAAGAAAGCGCAAGAGCUCCAUACAUUAUGUGAUGUCCCAGUCUGCGUCGUCUGUUUCGGGCCUAAUGGAAGCGUUGAUGUGUGGCCAGAGGAGGAACAGUGCGCGAAAGAGUUGAUGAUGUCCUACAAAAGAUCGGACAAGAAAGAGAGGAAAGAAUCCAACGUCCUGGAACUUAUGCAGUGCAAGAAAAAGAAGCUUGAGAAGAAGAAACAAGAAGUAAAAAUUAAUGCACUAGUUUCAACCUUGUCUAAAUGCCUUGAUGGGUUAUCAGGAAUUCCGUUGAUUGAUAGAGUGAAUGAGCUACAGGAUAAACUCAAGAUUUUCAAGGAAAGAAUUGAGUUGCUAAGUAUGGAAAAGAAGAAAAAAAGAAUUGAAACUCCUGAUGAAGAAAUUAGCCCCAUAGUCUCUAUAUUAAGCUCACCUAAAAAUCAGGAAUUUGACAAUAUCUUGCUUUGGCCUACAAGUACUAGUUGUAGCAAUUUGGCAAGACCAGAAGGUUUUGAUAUGGCAGGAACAAACAAUCAUUCUGUGGUCGAAGAUGAAGUUAAUAGCAAUGUCCUACUUAAUAAUAGCAAUGUUCUUUAUGGGUUUCAACAGAUAGAUCCAACUGUUCUUGAUAUGUCUCCAGGAAACUUGGACAUGUUAGAGAAUAGUGACAAUUAUUUUGUGCCAUUUGAUCAUCAGCAUCAAAUAUCAUAUAUUCAUGAUGCUAUGCCAAUCUCAGUAUGGGAACCUCCUCAACCAUUGGUUCAUACUGUUAGAAGUAGUGGGUCUAGUAAUGUAGAUUCUAGAAAUUAUUUCCCAGCUGCAGGCUCUACAGUUAGAUAGCACAGUCUCGAGAAAUUGAUCAUGUGAUCUUUAUUAUUAUUAUUAGUAUUUUCUUAUUAGGUAUUAAGUAUUA